AUGGCCAGACGAUCCUCGACGCUGGCCGGGGACGCGGCUUUGGCCCCGGCGCCGCACGCAUGGGGAUCGAGAGGAUCCCGCCGAAGGGCCAAGCGCGAUUACAACACGCUGGCGGAGCAGCUGGGCGCCGCCUUCGGGCUGCGCGGUGACCAAGGGCGGAAGCCGUUCCUUCGAAACCAGAAAUCUUCGGGUUUGCUUGGAGAAGCCAUAAGCGCGCGUCCAUGUGAACCCCGAAUGGCAUCGAGAAGUGUCGCUGAACCGGACGAGACUGGUGCCUGCUCGUGGGGAAGAGUGAGGGUUGAAGAGACCAAUGAAGAUGAGCAGGGAGGGCGAUUGAAAAGGAGCAAGAUGGACCACACCAUUAGCCAGAUGAUCCUCAGUAGACUGCGUCAAGACGAUAAUAGGGACUGUCUUAAGCACACGGAAGCCCAAGAGGGGGCGGAUGUCGCCAGCGCCGCAGACGACGAGACCGUCUUCGAGCAGGCGCGGCGCGAAAAUGAUAUACCGAAACAGACGAAGCACAGGCUGGAGACCAUUUCCAAAGAGCAGAUGGCCAUGGUGGUGGCGCUGCACAACGGGGCUUUGGUGCCUCUGCGCGGCCACGCAGGCAGCCCGCCACUACAGGCGUCACCCCUGAGAAGCCCCGGCCCUUCUCCCACCUCCUCCACCAACUCCACUAAUCCCGCUCCAUCCCAGCCGCCGGACGACGCCCCAGCACGCCGCGCCACGGCGGCCGACCUCAUGAGAGAGAUGUUCCUACAGGUCGGCGCCCUGCGCAGCGUCCUGGCGGCCAACCCCGGCGCUCUCGGGCCCGGCGGUCCAGGGCCCGGGGGCCCGGCCCGGCUGCUGAGGUGCCUGCUGCGCUCGGCCACCGACACGGCCGCGCGGCUGGAGGCGCUGAGGGUGCCGCGGCCGCCGGAGCUGGCGCGGAGCAGCGCGGAGGCCUUUCGGCUGGACCUGAGCCUGGAGGAGGUCCGGAGGUGGCAGGGGGCGCUGGCGCGGGCGGGCGUGAGCCGCUGGCAGAGGGACGCCGUGAGGGACCUGGUGGCGGAGCACCUGGCGCGGCUGCACGAGUUGCGCGCUGAGAAAGCGAGGAUCAACGACGAGGCCAGGGCCAUCGUGCGGGCAUCCGGCGGCGACUCUGGUGCGCUGAGAAAUAAAAUGGGGCCGGUGUGGGACCGGCUUAUGUCCAACGUGAGGAAGGAGCAGCAGCUGAAGGUGGACAGCCUCCGGGAGCUGCUCCUGAGCAUCUUGGAUCCCACACAGGCGGCGCUGCUCACGGUCGAAGCCCACCCGGGCGUCGUGGACCUGGUGAAGACGGGGGUGGCCCUCGCUGGCCUGGGGGGGGACGGCAGCGGGGAGAGCAGCGGCAACAGCGAGGCUGAGUCAUCGCCACCCCGCUGCAGAUAA